CCUAGAAACAGGCGGAACAGGUGUUUGUUCGUGGGAGAAGUCGGCCGCCUAUUUAUUUCAGCUUCAAAGUGUAUUAAUCAUCUCGGAUGGUUCCAUAACUCGCGUUGGAGGUCGACGGGAAAACAGGGUUUUCAGAGCGCAAGAUGGAAACGGAGAAAGAGAUCGCCGAACAGGGAAGAACGCUCUGCAGGGACUACAUCCACAACCGGCUUAAGCGAGAUGGAGUCGCUUCGAAAAAGUUGGGCCAAGCUCCUGAAAAGUUCUCCGACACCUCCAUUGAAAUCCAGAGAAUCGGACAAGAGUUGGAGAAAAUGUAUCCGAACUUGUACAGUGAGAUUUCGCGCCAGCUAAACACUACAUUUAGCAAUGAGGCGACUGUGAAGUCCUUGUAUACGGACGUCGCUGAACAGCUGAUAAAAAACGGCUUAACUUGGGGGAAGGUGGUGUCUCUAUUUGCCUUGGCGGGCGUUUUCGCUGAAGACUGUGUCAAACAAGGCCACGCGGAGUUUGUUGCGCCUCUUAUCGAAAACUUUGUGUUUUUUAUAGAAAGGAAUGUGGUUUACUGGCUUGUUGAGAAAGGGGGUUGGACCAGCCUGAUAAAAAGUUACCAGCCCAAGAAGGAUCGUAACUUAUUCUGGUUCAUAGGAGGCUUUGGGGCGCUGAUUGGUUUCACUGUCACGGCACUGGUAUCCCUGGGAUUGUAAAGAACAGUGAAUGCUAACACAGUUCCAGCCCCCCUUCAUUUUUCCCCCAACUUCAUUUUCCAUAAACAUUUGCUGGAUCAAGACCUUGCCCUAUUUCAAAACAAGAGAAGGUAAUGGAGCUGGCUUGCAGAGGACUUAAAAAUGCACUUGGCACUGCAAUAUGUUUCUGAUGGCCCUUUUUUAUUGGAAGGGGGGGGGGACAGUACCCUCUCUCCCCCCUCCCCACCUAUCACCUUUUUGAUCACCUUGAUAAGCCAGACAUACUCAUUUGACAUAAUGCAAUACCCAGUGAAGUACUGAUUACUUAACCAACGGAUGCUCAUUUCUGAUGCUAUGGACACAUGCAAUAAGCUCACCUUCCCCGACCAACAUAGCUGCUCACCAGAAGAUUAACAAAUUUUAUGGAUUCUCUAAGACUGACUUAAUGCCUACCAGAGUAAACUAUACACAUAUUAACUCUUGCUCACGGUUUUCUCUAGAUUUUGAAUUUUUGGGUCCCCUUAAUGGUAUAUUAUUCUUGCAUCAAAACAGUGGUCAUUUCUAGAUCAUUGUGUUUUUAGGCGACAGUCAUUUGGAUGGGGGUGUGUGUCCAGGAACCUCAAAAAUUACGGCUUACGGAAAUAACAAAGCAGUACUUGAUGACUGGCAUAACUGUGUAAGUUAUAUGUUGAAGGAUGUAUAUCUGUGGGACUGCCAGUGAAAAUAAUAUGCAAUAAAUCUAGCGGUAGGAACUCUGACAGCUGAAUUGAAUGGCAGACCUGACUUCCAUUGGUUAUUACUAAAAAAAGCUUGUGUUUUUUCCACAUGCUCAAAAUGGUGACAUGUAAGUUGCACCCCCUGCCAAGAUUUAGAUGUAUGUUGCAGUGCUUCGAUUCAGUUUCAUAUACAUUAGAAUCUGUAUGACUCGCCAUCUUAUAUCUAAAAUCAUGGUUUAUCUCGAACAAAAAUCUUGUAGAAUGGAUAUUUUCCUUGUUAUCAUUACCUAACAGGACUUUUUUAAUAUCUAGAACAAAUAUUCUAGUCCAAAGUGUCCGAGUUACUAGUAUGUGGAAGCUACUGCUACAGAAUUGUUUGUUUAUUUAUUUAUUUAUUCAUUUUAUUGUGACAGUUGUUUUUUUUUUU